CCCUCAUUUCAUUUUGAAGCCUUUUGUUUUGCUUCGAUGUUGCUGUUUCAAGGUCGAAACGUAUUGAAACAGCUUUGGAAGGAAACAUGGGGCGCAAUUUCGCACAGGCCUUGUUCUGGAUGGUUUGGGGGUUUUGUCUCGCGUGGUUGAUGUGUUGUUGUUGGGGAGUUUUUGUUGUUACACUGGUGGUUAUUUAAAAAAAAAAAAAAAAAAAGGAGGGGGGGAAACAUAGUGACGAGGGUUAGACUUUGGAGACAGUCCCUUACAAGGAAACGUCUUAUCAUCGUUGAGGAAUUUGCACAGGAUCCCUGGAGGAGAGGAGAAUAAAGAUGGAGGCAGCCAUAUGGUCUGUGCUGGAGGAGCCCUUCCUGUGCUGUCCUUAAAGGCGGCCUCGGAGACCGGAGGCUGUCGGCAGAUCCGUGCGUGAGUGCAGGGAGAGCAAGAGCCCAGCUGGGGGAGACGGUGGCCCUUCCCUUUGCAGCCCUGGUGCAGCCAGAGGUGUAGCUGGAGGAGCAGUACUCCGGAGGGCUCCAGGCAGGAGCUGAGGGGGCAAGAUAAGUCCCUCGUGUCAUCCAGGGUGGGACCAGGGGUCGUCCCUGAAGUGGUCGGAGGAGCCAGGAGAUCCGGGGGCAGAAGGUGAUGCAGACCAUGCAGCCCCCAUCCGAGGCCGAGAUUCCCUCAGACACUCCACAGCUGGCACCGGGGGACGACCUCCCCACCCCAGAGACCUGGCGUCAGUGCUUCCGGGGCCUCCGCUACCUGGAAGGCAAGGGGCCGCGGGAGGUUUGCAGUCGCCUGCGGGAGCUCUGCCAGCGCUGGCUGGAGCCCCAGCGCCGCAGCAAGGAGCAGAUCGUGGAGGUGCUGGUGCUGGAGCAAUUCCUGGCCAUCCUGCCCCAGGAGAUGCAGAGCUGGGAGUGGGGGUGCAGCAUGGAGACCUGCGCGGAGGCCGUGGCCAUGGCUGAGGGGUUUCAGCUGGGGAAGAAAAAGGGUGAGCUUCAGGUCACAGUGCGUGUGAAGGUCGAGGAGAUGAUCUUGGACAAGAUGCAGCACAUGGAGGCGUUGCAAGAACCUGGUGAUUCCUGGCCGGAGCAACCAGAGACCAAUCAUGUGGACAACCCUCUGGAGGAGUCAGGAGAGAGGGAAACCCCGGGGCCUUGCGACAAGCAACCCAGUGUCCCCAAAGAGGAGCCCCCACCCCACCAGGAGUCAGAUUCCCCCAAAACGGAGGAGACCUGGGAGCAGUCAGCAGGUGAAAGCUCAUCUGGCCCGUGCCCCAGACAAGGCCGUUCCUCAGGAGCAGGUUCUGCAACCGUGACGAGAGCCCAGCAGCAGCCUCCUGAGGAGGGACCUGUAAUCGUGGAGCUACAGAGGGCUUUCCCAGGGAGACUGGAGGAGAAGGACUCCCUGACACAUGAGCCGGGCCAAGUGGAGAAGGAUCAGGGCAGGCCUCCAAACCAGGGGGAGACCGUGGAGCUCCCGAAGGUGUUUGAGGAGGUGGCAGUGUAUUUCACACGGAAGGAGUGGGAGCUCCUGGAAGAUGAAGACAAGGUGCUUUACCGGGACCAGAUGCUGAAGAAUUACCAAGCCCUCGUUUCCCUGGGAUAUCAAGGUCCCACACCUGACUUAAUCUGCCGCAUCCAGCGAGGAGAGGUGGAGCUCUGGGCCUGUGAUGAUGAGGAUGGUGGGAAAAUCUCAAGGUUGGAGGACGUGCUGCCAGGAGGUGCCUGGCUGCUGAGCAGAGCUGAGAAGCCACAUCAAUGCUCCGAGUGUGGGGAGAGCUUCACCUUCUCCUCUGGUUUGAUCCAGCACCAAUGCAUCCACAUGGAGAAGAAGCCAUGUCAGUGCUUAGUAUGUGGGAAGAGCUACACUGAAUCCUCCCACUUGUGUCAGUGCACUGCUGCUGGGCCAAGGGAAAAGGCACAUCGGUGCUCGAAGUGCGGGAAGAGCUUUGCCCAGUCCUCCACCCUGGCCAAGCACAAGUGCAUUCACACACGGAAGAAGACAUAUGAGUGCUCAGAGUGUGGAAAGAGCUUUACCUUCUCUUCCAGUCUGGCCCAACACCAGCUCAUCCACACCGGAGUGAAGCGAUAUCAUUGCUUGCAGUGUGGAAAGAGAUUCACUCAGUCCUCUCACCUGGCCCAGCACCAGCUCAUCCACACCGGAGUGAAGCCAUAUCAUUGCUUGCAGUGUGGAAAGAGAUUCACUCAGUCCUCUCACCUGGGCCAGCACCAGCUCAUCCACACAGGGAAGAAGCCAUAUUGGUGCUCGGAGUGUGGGAAGAGCUUCACUCGCUCCUCCCACUUGAUCCGGCACCAGACUGUCCACACAAGGGAGAAGCCACAUCGGUGUUCAGAGUGUGGGAAGAGCUUCACCCGCUCCUCCAACCUGAUCCGGCACCAGAUCGUCCACACAGGUGAGAAGCCACAUCGGUGCUCAGAGUGUGGGAAGAGCUUCGCCCAGUCCUCCACCUUGGCCAAGCACAAGUGCAUUCACACACAGAAGAAGGCACAUCGGUGCUCAGAGUGUGGAAAGAGCUUUACCUUCUCUUCCAAUCUGGCCCAACACCAGCUCAUCCACACCGGAGUGAAGCCAUAUCAUUGCUUGCAGUGUGGAAAGAGAUUCACUCAGUCCUCUCACCUGGCCCAGCACCAGCUCAUCCACACAGGGAAGAAGCCGUAUUGGUGCUCGGAGUGUGGGAGGAGCUUCACCCGCUCCUCCCACUUGAUCCGGCACCAGAUUGUCCACACAAAGGAGAAGCCACAUCAGUGUUCAGAGUGUGGGAAGUGCUUCACCCGCUCCUCCCACCUGAUCCAGCACCAGCUCAUUCACAAAAGGGAGCAGCCACAUCGGUGCUCAGAGUGUGGGAAGAGCUUCACCCGCUCCUCCCACCUGAUCCGGCACCGGCUCAUCCACACAGGUGAGAAGCCACAUCGGUGUUCAAAGUGUGGGAAGAGCUUCAUUCGCUCCUCCGAACUGGUCCGACACUAUCGCAUCCACACAGGGGAGAAGCCUCACCAGUGCUCUGUGUGUGGGAAGUGCUUCACCUGCUCAUCUUACCUGGCCCAGCACCAGCUCAUCCACACAAGGGAGAAGCCACAUCAGUGCUCAGAGUGUGGGAAGAGCUUCGUCCGCUUCUGCCGCUUGAUCCAGCACCAGACCAUCCACACAGGGAAGAAGCCACACUAGCACUCAGAGUUUGGGAAGAGCUUUACCUAGUCCUCCAACCUGACCCAGCAUCAGUUCAUUUGCACCCAAAAGCAUCCAUAAUUCUCAUAGCAAUGCAUGAAGGGCUUGGGGAUGUCCACCUGCUUAGUACCCACCAAUGGCUGCAUUCAGGCAAGCAGCCUUGUGCUGGUAGACUGCAGCAAGGCUUCACCCAGCCUUUGGUCCUUCUAAGGUCCUUCAAAACCCAAAGGAACCAGAGGCUGGCCCCCAAGUUUUGAUACAGGGAGGGGUUAAGAGGAAGCACCUCAGGGAGAGGCCAGCUCAGAUACUGGAGGAAUCUGUGUGGGACCUCUUUGCAUCAGCCUCAGAGCCUGUGUCUUCACCAUCAUUCUCUAAAAGCAGUCAAUGCUUCAAGGGGAAGAAGGGCCUUUACAAUAGGGUGCCCUUCCCAAGACAACUGGCUCCAAAUAACACCCAGGGACUGUCCUUGGCCAGCUCCCACCUUCCUCCUCCCUCCUGGCCCCAGGGUUCUGGUAUGUGACGCUUUUGAGUUGCAGGAAGAAGGACGUUUGUGGGUGGGGAAGCAUAUCCUGCUCUCCACCCGGACCUCGCCUUUCCUCCCCAGCACAUCACCUCAACCCCGGGCCUGCACGUGCCGAUCGUGGUCUGCCACCCCUUGAGUCCAGUUUGGUAGGUAUUGCUUCUCAUCCCCUCUUCCGAACUCUUCACCACCAGGUGCCAGCUGUCCCUCCUUCCCUUCAUCCCAUUCUCUGUAAUGGAUUCCUUGUUAAUCAAGCCCCAGAGCUGAACGCAGUAUCCCUUUUGGUUGAUCUCUGUCCUCUCUGGAGAUGUGAGAUGGGAACGGACCGAGGCCCAGAACCUUUCCAGGGCAGAUCUUUCUGGGAUUUUCCAAUGCCUUCCCUUUCCAGAGCAUUCACCACAACCCAGGGGUGGUUGUUAGCCCUCAGGUGCAGGAGGUGCCAUGUCCUGCUGUGUAGCAAGGUCCUGCCCUCUUCAUAGUCAGAACAUGAAGGUUGGAAGGGAUGUUAGGAGGUCACAUCUAGUCCAACCCCCUGCUCAAAGCAGGACUGUUCCCAACUAAAUCAUCCCAGCCAAGGCUUUGCCUAGCUGGGUCUUCAAGACCUCCACAGAUAGAGACUCCAUCACCUCUCUGGGUCACCUGUACCAGUGCUUUACAACCCUCCUUGUGAGAGUUUUUUUGUAAUAUCUAACCUCAACUUCCCUUGCUGCAGCUUGAGCCCUUUGCUGCUUUUUCUGUCACCUGCCACCACUGAGAACAACCCCACUUCAGCCCCAGAAACCCACUUUUGAAAGAGUCUCUUGUCAGGGGCAGGAGAAUCUCACUUGUGGGUGAAAUUGUGUAGCAGGGGUGAAAGAGAUGCAGCCUGGGACAAGUCCUGCUUCUUCUGUGAAAGGAUGGGGAAAGGACGUGGGCAUCCCAUGGGUGAAAUGCAGUACGUUGUAAUGAGCAUCAACAAGUGGACUUUGGCUGCAUUGUCACAACAAGGAUCAGGCCCCUUGUAGCUCCCGCACUGUCCAUCCCUGACAUGCCAACAUCUUACAAGUUGAGGUUGUGGGUGUUUUUGGUAUUCUGCCCGAAAAGGUUGCUGACUCCUAACCAAAAGCAUAGAUUUCCACCAAAUUAGAAUGACCAAUAGAUGAUCUACAUCCAGGUAACGCGGGGCAUCUGCAAGACAUGCUUGGAAAUCUGGUGGUCGCACCAGAUGACAAAGCUAACCUAUUUAACAGUUUCUUUGCCUCCAUUUUUCUGAGCAGGGACCAGGUCAUUCCCACCCCCGGAUCCCCGAUGGUCCCAGGGGAGGUGCAGCCAGGCCCAGGGGCUGUGAGGACCUAGUCAGGGAACUUCUGGAGGGACUGGACGUGUUCAAAUCAGCAGGUCCAGAUGAUCUCCACCCCAGAUUGCUGAGGGAAUUAGCAGAGGUCAUUGUGGGACCCGUGGCACAGCUUUAUGAGCACUCGUGGUGCUCUGGUGUGAUGCCAGAGGACUGGAAAAGGGCCAAUGUGGUCCCCAUUUUCAAAAAAGGGAGGAAGGAGGACCCAGGAAAUUAUAGGCUAGUUAGUCUUACCUCUGUCCUGGGGAAGCUCUUUGAGAAAAUUAUCCAGGUGCACAUCUGCAAGGGGCAAGCAGGGGAGGUUAUGCUUAGGGCAACCAACAUGGGUUCAUUAGAGGCAGGUCCUGUCAGACCAACCUGGUGGCCUUCUGUGACCAGGGCACAAAAUCCUUGGACGCAGGGGUAGCAGUGGAUGUAGUCUUUCUGGACUUCAGGAAGGCCUUCGAUACUGUCUUUCACCCCAUUAAAAAAUUAAGAGAUUGUGGUGUCAAUGCCUACACAGAUGGGUCACAGAGGGCCGCACCCAGAGAGUGGUGGUGGAUGGGUCAUUUUCGACUUGGAGGGAUGUGGGCGGUGGGGUCCCCCAGGGCUCAGUCCUUGGACCCGCACUGGUCAACAUCUUCAUCAUCAACUUGGAUGAGGGGGUGAAAAGCACCUUGUUCAAGUUCAUGGAUGACACUAAGAUCUGGGGGGAUGUGGGCACACUAGAGGAGAGGGACAGGCUGCAAUCGGACCUAGGCAGGUUACAGGGGUGGGCGGAUGAGAACAGGAUGGGUUUCAACACUGACAAGUGCAGGGUGCUGCCUCUGGGGAAGAAGAACCAGCAGCAGACCUACAGGCUGGGGAGCUUUCUUCUCGUCAGCACAGAGGCAGACAAGGAUCUUGGAGUCAUUAUAGACUCCAAGAUGAACAUGGGCUGCCAAUGUGAGGACAUGGUCAGGAAGGCUAACUGCACCUUGUCAUGCAUCCACAGAUGCAUCACAAGCAGGGCCAAGGAGGUGAUCCUCCCCCUCGAUGCAACACUGGUCAGGUAGCAGCUGGAGUACUGGGUCCAGUUCUGGGCGCUGCACUUCAGGAGGGAUGUGGCCAGCAUGGAGAGGGUCCAGAGGAGGCCACUCGCAUGAUCAGGGGACAGCAGGGCAGGCCCUACGAGGAGAGGCUAUGGGACCUGAACCUGUUCAGCCUCCACAAGAGAAGGCUGAGAGGGGAUCUGGUUGCCAUCUACAAAUUGGCCAAGGGGGACCAGCAGGCUAUGGGAGAGUCCUUGUUCCCCCAAGCACUACCGGGAGUAACAAGGAAUAACAGCCAUAAGCUGACUGAGAGUAGAUUCAGACUAGACAUCAGGAGGCACAACUUCACAGUCAGGGCGGCUAGGAGCUGGAACCAACUUCCAAGGGAGGUGGUGCUGGCUCCUACCCUGGGGGUCAUCAAAAAAACGCUAGAUAAUCACCUUGCCGGGGUCAUCUUUCCUGCCCAUGGCAGGGGAUCAGAUUGAUGAUCUGCUUGGGUGUCUUCUGGCCCAACCAACUAUGAAACUAAGAAACCAGCUUUGGUUUUGAGAAGCUUCUGUCUGUGUUACAUGGUUACUCAUGAGGUUUGAACCAAUUCCCAAACAGAAGUUGUCAUUUUCUCCAGUUAAGCAUAUGAUCCAGGAAAAAAGGGGUUGUGGAUUGCAGCUAGGAACUUUGCUCUUGUGUCAUGAUGACUUUUUCUAAGCUUUGGUAUUUGAACCAGGGUUUUUAUAGCUUACAGAGAAAUUGGAAUGUGACUUGGGGAGAAAUAAAAAUAAUCACAAAGAAGAAAACUGCACAUUCAGAUGAAUGUUAUUUUUUAAAAGGCAAACUAAGAUCAAGGUCUUCUUGUUUCCUUUUGCCUGUCAUGGAGCAAACUGGCACUUAACAGGUAGAUAUAAUGGAAAGCUGGGAUUUUCAGUGCCAAGACAACACAAGCCCUGUAUUAAUGAAAUGUGUGCAUGUUACUACACUUAUGAAUGUGAGUUUGCUACUUUCCUGCAUCCUGAUGUAAGGCUAGGGACCUAGUUUGUACUUUAGGCAACCCUGCGGCUGGCAGGUAAAGGAGGAUAGCAUGCCAGAUGAAAGAUUAGUGUCAUGCAGAGAAAUCUAGCGUGACAUGUGGAAAAUACCUGGGUGCCGAGUGAGAUGUUACCUAUAUGAGUGCCCUGUGCAAGAGUAAGUGUGGUGUGCAGAGGGAGUAUAAAGAAAUUUUUCCCUUUGGGGAGAGAGCGUGUGAGAGUAUCUGAGUAUGGUUUGAGAGUGCCUGGGAGGUGGUAGAUCGAGUGGAUCUCUGUUUGGGAGAGUGCUUAGGAGGUAGAUUCAAGUGGGUUUGAGACUGAAAGGUGGAGCCUGUGGGCAGAGAAAUGAAAGGAUACUUACCUGAAGCCAAAGUCUCCCACCACCGAUAAAAAGUAGAUCAAUGUCACUAGCUUACAUCGAAACUACAGAGAGGGAAAAUGCAUGAGAGUCGUCCUGGUUGUCUCUCCCUGUAAGUCCCAGUAGCACGCUGCCGCAGUCCCCAUAGGUAACUAUCACCCCUCUUCCCUGUGUUUUACGUCUGUGCGUCCCAGUGUGUUACACUGUGUUGUACAUAGUAGGUAAUUCAAUUAUAUGUAUGUGUUUAAUAUCAUAUAAUAUUCAUUUAGCAUAAGGUAUUGGUAUUUAUAUUAAUUGGUUGUUAGAUUUUAAAUAAACCAUUUGAUUCAUGUAC